AAGGAUUCAAAAAGAGGAACAUGGUUCCCAGACUGUGCCCACUCCUCUGCAAGGAAGCCCCUUUCGAGCCCUGAAACUUCCAGAACCAGUUUUAAUUAAUGAAGAUUUUGUCAAGCUUUUGCACAAUGCAACAUAUGAGAAAGUCUCUGAUUGCAUGCCUAGAAGACUAGGAGAAAGCAAUAUGAGAGGUGUAACCAGUACAAAUCUGGACAGAGAAGAGAACAUCACAGUUUCCUCUUCAGGCGAUGCUUCAUCAAAGGACCAGGCAGCAAUAUGGAAACAGGCCAAAGACAGUAAGGAGAGGAAUGAUGAAUAUAUUUCAAAGAACCUCAGUGAUCGGCAGAAGGAUCUGGCUCCAAGUAGAUAUAGCUCAGUAGAGAAUUUGAUGUGGGACUCAUCUGUUGCAGCUAAAAGGCAAAAUAUUGCUUUGGAUUUACUAGAGUCUGAAAGAAAGUAUGUUGUCAGCCUCUCUCUUAUUCUGAAAGUUAAAUCCACAUUGCAAGGAACAGAAGUGAAAAGAAAUACAAAGGAAAGUUUCUUCCCCAAUUCUUUGCGAUACUUGGUCCAGCAACAUGUAGAGUUACUUCAUGCCUUGCAGGAAAGAGUGUUAAGUUGGCCUCAACAAGGAAUCCUAGGAGACAUAUUUCUCAGAUUGACCAAUGAUGAGAACAGUUUUUUGGAUUAUUAUAUUGCUUACUUGAGGGACUUGCCAGAAUAUAUCUCUUUGAUCCAUUUGGUGAUUUUGAAAAAGAUUGAGGAAGAAACCAAGUCUGAUCUCUACCUAUUUUUCUUCCAUAUUGUCCAACGCAUUCCAGAAUAUCUUCUUCAUUUGCAAAACAUCCUGAAGUAUACUGAGCAAGAGCACCCAGAUUAUUAUCUUCUUCUUGUCUGUGUUCAGCGCCUGCGAGUAUUCAUUUCUCAUUACAGUCUUCUCUUCCAGUGCAAUGAAGAUCUGCUAAUACAGAAACGAAAGAAACUGAGAAAAUCUUCCUUCAUAAAGUUAUAUAAAGGUCUCGCCACUCAGUGUCCCAGCAGCGGACAAGCAUCAUCUCCAACACCAAGUGCAGCUUCCUUUCACAAUAGUGGAAUCCAUUCUGAAGAGACAGUGCAUCCAUUCCCAUCAGCCUCUGUUUCUGGAACAACUGCUAU